GGAAGGCCUGGCGCGGCCCCUUCGGCUCCGAACUGACCCAGAGAAGGGCAGUGUCGUCUCGGCGGCGCUGCAGAGACCCCCCCACCCAAGACGGCUCCCCCUCCCCGGGCCUGUCCCCUCUUGCCCGCGAGUCCUCUCGCCUCGUAGGCCUCUCGGAUCUAAUAUCGUGGGGUGAGGUGAGAGCAGGCCCGGGGAGGGUGGUUACCGCUGAGGAGCUGCAGUCGCGAUCAAGAUGAUAGAGGUACUGACAACAACUGACUCUCAGAAACUGCUACACCAGCUGAAUGCCCUGUUGGAACAGGAGUUGAGAUGUCAGCCAAAGGUCUGCGGCUUGAGACUAAUUGAAUCUGCACAUGAUAAUGGCCUUAGAAUGACUGCGAGACUGAGGGACUUUGAAGUAAAAGAUCUUCUUAGUCUAACUCAGUUCUUUGGCUUUGACACGGAGACAUUUUCUCUAGCUGUGAAUUUACUGGACAGAUUCCUGUCUAAAAUGAAGGUACAGCCCAAGCACCUUGGGUGUGUUGGACUAAGCUGCUUCUAUUUGGCUGUAAAAUCAACAGAAGAGGAAAGGAAUGUCCCACUGGCAACUGACUUGAUCCGAAUAAGCCAGUACAGGUUCACGGUUUCAGACUUGAUGAGAAUGGAGAAGAUUGUAUUGGAGAAGGUGUGUUGGAAAGUCAAAGCUACUACUGCCUUUCAGUUUCUACAGCUCUAUUAUUCACUCCUUCAAGAGAACGUGCCACAUGAAAGGAGUAGCCUUAAUUUUGAAAGACUAGAAGCCCAACUUAAGGCAUGCUACUGCAGGAUCAUAUUUUCUAAAGCAAAGCCAUCUGUGUUGGCAUUGUCUAUCAUCGCAUUGGAGAUCCAAGCACAGAAGUAUAUAGAGUUAACAGAAGGAGUAGAACGUCUUCAGAAACAUUCCAAGAUCAGUGGCAGAGAUUUGACUUUCUGGCAAGAGCUUGUAUCCAAGUGUUUAGCUGAAUAUUCAUCGAACAAGUGUGCCAAACCAAAUGUUCAGAAGUUGAAAUGGAUUGUUUCUGGGCGUACUGCACGGCAACUAAGGCAUAGUUACUACAGGAUAACCCACCUUCCAACAAUUCCCGAAAUGGUCCCUUAAUUGGUAAAUUUGGAUGAUUACAGCAACAAAAAACUUCUGAAGCCUUUCUCCACAAUCCUGAGCUGUGGAUUCCAUAAUAUUAUAACGGAUUUAAGCUGUGAAGCCUCAAAACAUCACAACUAGAUUAGCAUUGGUGUUCUCAGGUUUGGGAAAACUGCCUAAUUAACAUUACCCUAUAGUGGAAUUACUCAAAUGUGAAAUCACCUAUGAAACAUACAAAUCAAAGUAACAGUAUGAAUGUGAAAUGCAAAUGACAAGCCUGGAAAGGUAAACUGUGAAUCUUCAUUGCUAACAUUGAUCCAAGUUUCUAUAUUGGGUCAAUAUAUUGUAUUUAGGUGGUGUUUAAAAAGGGUAACCUACUUAAAUUUAAACUUUAAAUUAUGAGGUUUACAUCAAAACCACCAUUUCACAAAUGCACUUUUUAAUGCACAAUAAGGGUCACUAUUCUAGACAGUGAGAAUAGUUAGUUUCUUGGCACCUAUGAUGCAAGUAAUUAUUAACCCAGAGGUGUGGACCUUACUGCUACAUAGAAAUCACAUUUAAAUUUGAGGGCAUUUAUGUAAAGCAAAACUACCAACUUGUUAAUUUUGGCGUGUUAUCUUUAAUAUUUUCUAGAAAACAAGUGAUGUUUGUAUCCAUGAUUUUAAAAGUUUUAUACAAAAUUUACUGCCUCAGUCUCGUUCCAUCAAGAAAAUUAGUUUUUACUGUACUAGUAACUCAAAACAAAUUAGCGUCACUCUAAAAACUUUUUAACACUCCAUCACUUUUUACUGAGGACUGUUUUUAUAAAACUUGGUUCUAACUUAGAAUUUUGCUUAAAGGAAGAGACUAUACUUACAUUAAUUGCCCCUAUUGUGUGCCAAAAAGAAGUAUUAAGAAAGGUAAGUAGGCAUCUUGAUAAUUACAGGGUUGCUGAGGUGUAGUGUUUGGAGAUCUAUGAGGUUAAAGUGUUGCAGAGAGUUACUCAGUGCAGUGUGUAGCCUGAACCCAUCCAGGAUGGCUGUACCCAAUUGACAUCAUUUUAUGGUUAUAGAGGCAUUAGAAAAUGAACCAAAGAACCACAGUGUAUCUUAUACUUUGGUAAACCAUGUUUUAUGGAUAACUUUACAGUUUUCCCAAAAUACUGAUAAAUUUCAAUAUUUUGAAUACAUCAGUGUUAAUUUUGAGUUGACAGAGAUAACCUAACCAAUUCCCAUUAUGUUUUGGUAUUAAGGGAUAUACCUUUCAAUAAAGUUACUGAAACGCA